UGAACACGAAAACAUUGUGCAGUUCGGCUUAUUGUGCAAUAUUUUUGUUCGUUUGGAUUCAGAGCACCUUUCAAUCUUAUUGUACAAUAAAAGUAUUGCAGAAAUACAUAUUUUAAAUAUUGUAUUCCAAUAUUUUGAAUUUUGGAGUUCUUCCUUUAAAACCUGUAUUUUGGGGAGAUUUCGGGUAUUUUUUGGAGCACACUGGCCUGUCUGCCGCCGGCAUUACUUUUAUUAGCUGUGGAUUGUUUACAAAAAUUCAAGUACUAUACAUAAGUUUAAACCUAACUCAAUCUAAUAAAACCUAUGCAAUGUCUUUAUUAUCGGCACUUCGCAGCCCUGCAUGCUUUAGCCGACAAAUAAUUCCAAGAACUGUUAAUCAACAGCGAAAUUUUUGGGAAUAUGUUAAUAUGAUGUUUAAUAAGCCAGACCCACAACGUAUCGAAAAAGUGGGCCCUGAUCGAGCCUGUGCAGAAUGGGUACUUCGUAAUGGUGGCAAAGUUGUUUGGGCUGAUGGGAAAAGAUUGGCAGAUUAUAAUAAUUUACCACCCGAAGACCAGAGUGUACCCAAGAUAAUUGAAAUUGAUGGGUCAGACUCUUCUAUUUCUCACUAUGGAUUUCCUCAUUUAAGAGGUUGCAGCAGGCUGGAAAAAGUAAUUUUACACAAUGACAAAUAUAUAGAUGACAGAGCUAUUAGAGGACUCUCAAACGGCAAGGAUACAUUACUUCAUGUACAAGUUUCUAAAUGCCCAAGUGUGACAGAUGAUGGAGUCAAAGAAUUGAAAAUACUAAGCAAACUACAAGAGUUAAUUCUGUUUGAUUUACAUAGUGUUGCUGAUCUUAAAGAAUGUAAAAAUUACCUUAAAAUACAGCUCCCUAAAUGUAAUGUGAAAGAUUAAAAAUCCAAAUAAAAUGCAAUAAAAGCAAAAUAUUAUGUACAUAUUUACCUUUUCUCUAUCACAACAUUUUAAAUGUAUAAAU